GUUCCCCCCACCACCAGCACCACCGAGCCGGGGAGAAAACCGUGCGCAUUCCUCCACUCAGAGAGACCAACAGACGGGGAACGCGAGCUGGAAGCGGCCUCCUCUCAAGGUGGGCCGGUGAAUUCUCCCACACUUGCGGUUUGUCUUUGCAGGAGGCUCGCUGUGGUCGUUUCUGAACCCUCGGUGACCAAAGGCGCGCUAUGAUACCGUUGCUUUGAUGAAUAAUUUACAGUCUCGAGGUCCGAGGCUCGCGCUGCGACAACCAGAUGACCGCUGGCUGCGCCCGACGCCGCCUGGACGGAUCCCGAUGGUCAGCCGCACGGGUCUGAAUUUGGAGGCUUAGAAAUAAAGGAGAAGUUUCCAAAAAAAAAAAAAAAUCUGUGGAAGCCUGGGUGCUGCUUUGUACCUCUCGGUCCUGUAGUCAUGUUGCCGAGCUGGUGGGGGAGGAGAGACCGAGCCCUCCAGCCGACCCAGUAUCUUUCCAUUUUCGGGUUUAUUUUAUGAGCUACAACUGAGCACCAUCGCACUGUUUUUCUCCACGGAAGCACCAAGAUCGUGUGUUGCCACCUUGAUGGUUGUAUUUUUAAGAAGGACUUUGUCGGUUCUCCAAGAAAACGCCUUACACAGCUGAUUUAAGUACUGUGAUUUUAGUCAUCUCACAACAAGAAUAACUUUGUGAAUAACUGGCUACCUCCUUGUUUUUUUGUUUUCUGAGUUGAUUAGCGCCGUUUUUUUUUUUUUUUUUUAAACUGUUGAAUCUACCUCAAAUACCAUAUUAACGUGGACAGAUAAUUAUCUUCUACACACCACAACGGGCCGAUGUGUCCCCAAAUGAAUACCUCAACCUCAUCGCUGCGCGUGUUGUAAACUGAGCCUGGUUUCGGUAACGCCGCAGAUGGCUUCGUUUCCUGACUCGGACCUGCAGACGUGCCCGCUCUGCAAGGAGCUAUGCGGCUCAUCUGCUCCCAUUUCCUCCAGCUCUUCUACCUCAUCAUCUUCCUCUCAUACCUCGUCCUCCUCCAGCCAGACCAAUAAGAGGCUCCACGUCCUGCCUUGCCUGCACGCCUUCUGCAGGCAGUGCCUGGAGGGACAGCGCAGUCCCGGGGACCCGCUGAAGCUGCGGUGCCCCACCUGCGACCAGAAGGUGUCCAUCUCAGAGGCCGGGGUGGACUCCCUGCCUUCCUCCAACUUCCUCUUCAGCAACCUGCUGGAUGUGGUUGUGAGCUCUGAGGAGCAGAUCCAGAACAAGAAUGGCCACCACCAUCCCCGGGGAGGUCUGGGUGGAGGUUCCUCUGGCUUCAAUCACCCAUCACGUGGAGGCCUGUUGCGCCCGCACCACCUGGGAGAGCCUCAGUGCAGCUCCUGCGAUGAGGAGAACCUGGCUACAUCCCACUGCCUCGACUGCCAGGAGUACCUGUGUGACAACUGUGUGCGAGCACACCAGCGGGUGCGGCUCACCAAGGACCACUUCAUCGAGCGCCUGGGAGAGAUCCACCACCUGAGCAGGGUCAACGCCAACAGCAACGCCAGCCAGCCUGGGAUGUCUGUGUCCAUCGCCCAGUCCUUGCAGAACAACUUUGCAUUGCUGUCCCUAUUCCAGGAUCGCAUGAGCUACUGCCAACAACAUGACAGUGAGGUGUUUCUGUUCUUCUGCGAAACCUGCUCGGUGCCUAUCUGCAGGGAGUGCAGCAUGGGCCGUCACAUGGGCCACACUUUUGUUUACCUGCAAGAUGCCGUUCAGGACUGUCGCGCCAUCACCAUCCAGCUGCUGGCAGAUGCACAGCAGGGACGACAGGCGGUGCAGCUCAGCAUGGAUAAGGUCCAGGCCAUGGCAGAGCAGGUGGAGAUCAAAGCUAAAGUGGUGCAAACGGAAGUGAAGGCCCUGGUCCUAAGACACAAAAAAGCGCUGGAGGAGAGGGAGUGUGAACUUCUGUGGAAGGUCGAGAAGAUCCGUCAGGUGAAGGCCAAGUCUCUGUACCUGCAGGUGGAGAAACUCCACCAGAGUCUGACCAAGUUGGACAGCACCAUUGCUGCUGUGAGCCAGGUGUUGGAUGAGGGCCACCACCUGGAUGUGCUGCUGGCUAGGGAGCGAAUGCUCACUCAGAUCCAUGAACUCAAGACCCUCAGAGGCUUGCUGCAGCCACAAGAGGAUGACCGCUUCAUGUUCACUCCUCCAGACCAGGCUCUGUACAUAGCCAUCCAGUCCAUGGGCCUGAUUAGCAGCGGGGCGUUUGCCCCAGUGACCAAAGCCCAUGGUGAGGGUCUGAAAAGCGCCCUUCGUGGCAAGCCUGCCUCCUUCACUGUGGUUGGAUAUGAUCAUGAUGGCGAGCCUCGUCUUUCAGGUGGGGACGCGGUGUCUGCAAUACUCGUUUCAGUUACAGAUGGAAGCGUGUCCGCAGCAGAGGUAACAGAUCACCAGAACGGCUCGUACAGCGUCAGCUACCUGCCGAAAUGUGAGGGGGAGCACCUUUUGUCUGUGUUGGUGUGCAACCAGCACAUCCAGGGCAGCCCCUUCAAGGUGAUUGUGAAGUCUGGGCGGAGCUACGGGUCGCUCGGCACCCAAGUGGCAUCCUUUGGGUGUGAGGGCGAGGGAGACGGUCAGCUGUGUCGACCCUGGGGCAUCUGUGUCGACAAGGAGGGAUAUGUGGUGGUGGCUGAUCGCAGCAACAACCGUAUACAGAUAUUCAAGCCUUGUGGUGCCUUCCACCAUAAGUUUGGCUCUCUGGGUUCUCGUCCUGGUCAGUUUGAUCGUCCGGCUGGGGUUGCGUGCGACACUCAGAGACGAAUUGUCGUGGCUGAUAAGGACAAUCACCGUGUGCAGGUGUUUACUUUUGAGGGCCAGUUUCUGCUGAAGUUUGGGGAAAAGGGUACCAAGAAUGGGCAGUUUAAUUAUCCCUGGGAUGUGGCCGUCAACUCCGAGGGUAAGAUCCUGGUCUCAGACACCAGGAACCACCGUGUGCAGAUCUUCGCCCCUGACGGCUCUUUCCUCAACAAGUAUGGCUUUGAAGGGGCCCUGUGGAAACACUUUGACUCUCCCAGAGGAGUAGCCUUUAACCACGAAGACCACCUGGUGGUGACUGACUUCAAUAACCACCGGCUCCUGGUUAUCCGGCCGGAUUGUCAGUCGGCUCGCUUCCUGGGCUCCGAGGGCACCGGGAACGGGCAGUUUCUGCGGCCCCAGGGCGUCGCUGUGGACCAAGAAAACCGCAUCGUCGUGGCCGACUCCCGCAACCACCGAAUCCAAAUAUUCGAGCCCAAUGGAAAUUUCUUAUGCAAAUUUGGCUCACAGGGAACCGGCUUCGGACAGAUGGAUCGCCCCUCCGGUGUGGCUGUGUCACCCGAUGGAGCCAUCGUGGUCGUUGACUUUGGGAAUAAUCGCAUCCUCAAAUUCUAAAAGAAAAGUCUAUUUUUGCAUUCUCUCCCUACCUAUACCCUUUUUGCAGAUAUUCCAGUGAAGGAAACGGUAGAGAGAGAAUGAAUUGGCCGAAACGAGGAGAGCCCAAAGAUGAAUGGGAGCACGCUGAAAUGAAGGGAAAUUAAAACUAUAGAUUAUUUUUGUCAUUUUCAUUUCUAUUCUACAAAAUCAGAUACUUGUGGUAUAUACAACAAAGGGGACCUCUACAAAUUGAUAAUCAAUCGAAAAAGAGCCAUAUUUCCCUUCCUUUGUCUCAGCUGUUCUGAAUUCUCUGUCAGCUCUCCUUUAAGAAAACAUCUCAGGGAAUUUCUCACUUGUUCAAAUCUUGUAAUCUCUGCUCCGUACCUACCUCAUUUAGCUCUUUAUGAAUGUACACACAGUCUGUGAGCAGAGGUUUUUGUCCGUGAAGUUUUACAAAGAAGAAAUGUCUACCUCUAUACUUUGUUAUUUAAAAGACAGAAAAAAACCCCCAAUAGACUCUACAUAUAAUAUUUGCACAGGAUUAAUGGAAUUCAUUCUGUGCAUUUUCAAAUAUGAGUAAACCUCCUGAAUGUUGUUGCUGAGACAAUACUCAGACCGCUGUAGAGGUUGCAUGAUUCAUCCUAAUUAGAAGGCUUGGCUGAGAGGAAACUAGUAGGAUAGUGUCUUUUUGAUGUUUGUAGGGUAGUUAGUUUUUUGCUUGUGCAUCGACCCUUGUCUUUGUGCGGCUCUGUGGUGUUUCUAGUGUUAUGAUAGCCUAAGAAGACUGUGUGAAGCAAUGCCAAACUUGAUAGAAUUAAAAUGAGCUCAGGUCACCCUAAGACUGAUUAAAUUAACAGUACUUCUCAGGCUCUCCCUCUGGCUUUACUGGCUAAGGCUUAUAUGAUGAAUUUAUUGAUAUGUAGAAAUAUAAAGUUCAGGAGAUCAGAUUUAAAUGAUCCCUUAAAUAACCCCUCUUAUAAUGACUUUGAACCCACACAGACCCCAGCUUCCCAAUCCAGUGACUGGAUAAACUGAUGUAUUUGUAAUUACUAACCAGUCAGUUAAAUAAAGUAAUAAUAAUAUGCAAGGAAAACAGUCUUCUCCAAAUGGGAAGACCCAACAAAGGAUUUUGGAGUUGACUCUUCCAAGAUCUGUACCUACAGAUUCAUGUCAACAUUGAAUUUAAAAAAAAAAAGUGGUAAUUUAAGAAAUUGAAUGACAUAAUUUUGAUGAGGCGUGCUGUGUGAUGAAAGCCUCAGCAGUGGACCCAUUAUUUGGCCAUCCAGAUGACAUUAAUGACAUCAGAUUAAAGGCCUAACAUUACAAUCCUUGGGAUUUAGAUUGUGGUUGAAAGCCACUCCCUUUGGCUCCUGGGGCCAAGGAUUCGGUCCUAUCCAAUGAGAGAGGACCACCACAAAGCUCGAAUCAUCUUCUUGAUGCUUGGAGUUGAGACACUUCCAGACUGAAUGCUAGUAGACCAAUUCCUCUAAAGACGGAGGUCUACAGAACAACUACUAGAGUCAACCAAAGUUAGAAAUUCUGCACAAUGGCCAACAGUAGAUUUGGCAAUUAAAAGAAAAUCAGAAUCCCCAUUGAAAACAUUUCUCAAAUAAUCAUUGUUGUUGAGAAGUCUAAAGUUAAUAAAACCUAUUGAAAUAGUUCAUAGCACCAUCUAUGUUAGGUUUUGAAGAGUAAAGUGUGCUUGGGUCAUAGUUGGGUGUGCACAAGUACUUCCACUUACUGCUACGACCAAGGCCCUGGCUGUAUGAGUGCAUUUUCAAAGUAGAUUUUUUUUUUUUUUGUGGAGAACAGGAGAUACCCGCACCAAAGAGAAACUCUCCCUCCCCCUCACAUUUGUCACCUCAGCUCAUCAUACAGUGCCACAGUUUUACCCGGCCCAUAGGCUCAAAGUAGCGUCUUUGAUUAGCCUCGCACAUGUCCAAAUUACCAUGACGAAAGUGAUGGAUACUUGUUUGUGGUGAAAGCAUUGUGGGGUUUCGAUACUCCCCUUGUCCUCCAUUCAGUCUGCCCAUCACUGCAACCACUAGACAAUUAAGGUUCUGUUUGCCACUUCUUUAGCCUUGCAAAGAUUCCUGAACUAUUAAAUACUGCCUGACUGGCUCUCACCUGAGCAUGAUCAGGAUUUACAUCCUCCUAUCUCAGAUAUCCUUUACCUCAGUCGUCGUUGGAGCUCCUUUCUCGUAUACAUAAACUCCUAAAUACCUCAAGUUUGUCACUCAUUGCUACUGUGCAUUUAAACAUUCAAAUACCUCUACUUAUGUUAUUCAUUCUGAUUACCUCAUGUUUACCCUUUUAUUUAUGCAUACCUCCUUGGAUAUUUAUACCUCACACAUAUACCUCUUCUUGUGUCACAUUACAGUGCAUGUUCCCAUAACUCUAGGACCAAAGAUCGUGGUACAGUUCCAAGUUGGAAUAACGUGCUUUAUGGUCAUUGCUCCAUGCUUGUGAAUCUGAACAGCCCUUGGUUUGUUGCAUGUACUGUAAGUGGCCUGGUAAAUUAUGCCUUUUCUGACUAAGAAACCAAAUGAAUCAGAUGAAAGCAUUGUGCCAAAAUGAUCUCUGAGAGUUCUGUGCCAAGCAGAGUUAGAGUUUUGGACCACGCUGUUGUCACUGGACCAUUAUAUCAUUAGAUGCAAAUGUUAAAUUGGAGAACCUGAGGAUAAAUCCUCUUCCUCUGAUUGGAUGCACUUAAGAGGGCUGGGCCCCAUUUAUCUUUUACCUCAUGAUGAUGGACAUGCAGAUUCCACUUGUACUUUGUUACCGUGAGCCAGGGGUGAGGGGAAGAGGAAACGGCCUCUUAAAGAAUUAACAUCACAUGUCCGCCUUUGAAUGCACAUGAAUUACCUCGUAUUUCAGCACAAUUGACCAAUAUUUCCACGUGGAUUUUAAGGAUUUUCUCGAUGUUGGUUGUGGAUCUCUUUAAGAUAACUGAACUCCACCUCUCAGACUAUUGUUUAAAACAGUGAUUCCCAACCAGGAAGAGAUGUUCCCCAUUUCAUGUGAAGAAAUGAGUGAAGCUGAGGAAAUGUGAGCUGGAAAGUUAACAGGUGACAAAAAUAAAGAAGCAGGGAAAAGCUGCCGAAAAGAGCUAAUUAAAAUAGAUUCUCAAGAAGUGAGUAAAUGGUUGGAAGUAUACUUAACACUUCAAAUUGUGAGUUAAUGGGACGCAACGUAGUCCGACGGCCGUUCCUGAAGUGGUUACUUUAAUCUAUCGAUUUGUGUUCCUCAGCGUGAAUUUCCCAACAUUAUUUUCAUGUUCCUGAACACAACUUUUGAUCAGUCUGUUCUCCCUGUCUGGAUUCAUGUUCAUGUACAUAAAAUGACAUUUUUUUCCACUUUUAAAAGGUGGAGGGGGAAAAGUGCGCAUUUGGAGGUCGGAGGAAUCAGCAGUGGAGUGAGCCACCAGAGACCGCAAUUUGAGUCUUGCAUGUCACACGAUUUGUUUCAUCUUUAGUUGGGAUUUGGUUGGGGUGGAGUUAAUAUACCACUGCUGUCAUGUCUUUUUAACCCUUUUACUACCACAAGGGUCAAGGCCACCAGUGACCCCUGUGGUAGUAGAUUACAUGGUGUGACCAUGUUUCAAAGUACACUUAACUUUUAUUCAGGAUGACCUGAAACGAGUGACCGAGCCCAUAAACUCUUCACGCAAGUCUUUGCGGAGAUCAAGACAGUAAGCUGUCUUCCCACAGACUUAUACAGGACUGGAAGUCUUUUAACAACCACAGCUAUCGCCAUCUGGUGGCCUUCAGACAGAAUGCGGGAUUAAGGCACUUCCCUGUCAGCUUCAGUUUUCCGACCCAGAAGUUGCGUCCGUGUGUUAUACUGCCUGUGCUAAAAGUGCGUGAUUCUGACACAAAAUAUACACAUGACUCACAAAUACGUGCUCACUGACAGAAAAAAACACAUAAUUUAUGUUCAUGAACACUAAAAAAAAAUGUUGACACUAUUUCAUGUUUUGUGAGGAGACUGGGCUUAGCCAAAAAAAAAAGAAAAAGAAAAGAAAAGAAAGCAUAGCUACACAAUUACAUGAUGAUAUGGAUAAAGAAAUAAACUAUUGGGCCAACAAAGGAUGUGAAGGACACCUUAAAUAGCUAGCUAAAAUAUUUCCAAUUUUAAUAAAAGUUUCUGUUAUUUUACUUAAAGUACAGGUAGCAGAUAAAUUGUGAACUAAUGGAUUGAGCAGUUGAAAUUGCCAGAUGAAAGUAUGGAUAAACAAUUGCUGUUCACUAAAAAAUAAGUUGCUGUUGGAGUGGAGUAGUAGAUUCAGGUAGCGGAUGAAUGGCCGAUGACAGGACACAGUAUGGGGAACGUCAGAUGAAGAAGGUUGGGAAUCACUGGCUUAAACAAAUGCAUGGGAGGAUUAUGCUAAACAGGCUUGUGUAUUACCAGGAUGUAGCUGUUAGCAUAUUGACCCUGCUGCUUUGACCACAACGCGGAGUUUCAACCAAUAAGAUUUUUUUUUUUUUUUUUUUUGUUCUUCUCAGUAUUACCCUGUUAAAUGUUCAUUCAUGUUGCAUCAGGUUUUAUUUUUUUAAUUAAGAUUGCAGAAUUCUAUCUUUAAGAUCCUUAGGUCUUCACUCUUAAAGAGGAAAAAUGUAUUUUAAACCUUUUUAUUUGCUUUUAAUUUUGUUGCAUGCUUUAAAAAGUCUAUGUAUUAUACUGAUGUCUCCUAGAUAGCUGUUGAAAAACUCAGAUGGAGUGGGUAGCUGAUUAUUGGGGUGGUUUUACCAAAAUGUAUGCCCAAAGAUGAGCGUGUGCGUGCGUGCGUGUGUGUUGGGAUUGCAUUGAAUGGAAUUAACCUUUGACUUUUGUGAUUGUAUUUCCUGUUCUCUAGAGGCUCUGCAAAGCACCAACUGUUUGGGUAGCCACACUUUGAUUCCAGAGAAACAACAGGCAGAGUUUUGGCUGGUGCGACCCUCAACCAUUAGUGAUUAAUUUUCCUUAACUCCCCCCCUAAUAUGCUUAAUGAGUAGGCGCAUUGGCAUACUGUCAUUUCAUGCUGAAGUCCUGUUGUAAAAAGCUUCCCUACUCAAUUUACCAUGAUAAAUCCAUUAGCAGGUGUGAGGAACGACACGGUUUCCCCAGCACAAACUAGCAAUCAUCUCCCCAUCUUGUAUCCAAACCCACCUGCGUGUAGUGAUGGCUGCUGAGCACAUGAUCAGUCGACUGCAGCCCUGCUCUGCAUUGCUUUUUUUUGUUAUUUGCUUUUUUUGGGGUGUUUUGUCCAGCAUUUUACUUCUGGCCUCUCACAACUUGAUGGGAGAGAACAACGCAAAGCUGCACCAUGCGAGGUGUGGAAGGUCGUAGACCUCCUUUUUAAAUGAUUGUAUGCUCUAAGAAAGAAAAGAAAAAAAAAAAGGGGGUUGGGAAAUCUUAGAAAGGAAAAAGACAAAACUCAGGUAGUUCUCAGCAGCGCUGUGCUGCAGGUGUCUCAUUGAAUCGUGUAGUGAUAAUGUAGUGACUCCCCCACCCCCACUGUUAUGAUCUCUCUGUGCUAGUCUGAUUCUUUUGUGUGUCCCGCUUGCAUUUUAUAAAACCAAUAAUUUCUCAAUUUGAAAAUAAUGCUUUUGAUUUGUACCCCGAUUCUUCUUCUUCUUCUUUUUUUCUUUUUUUUUGGGUUCAAGUUUCUUUUUUCUUUGACAAAAAGUACAAAUAUUCACACCGCUUGAUGCUCAUUGGCCCUUUUAGAAUGUAUUUUUGUGAAGAAAAGGGUUAAAUGGGAUCUUGUAGCUCUCUCGGCUGCAGCUGUCUGCUGGUAGCGUUACAGGACAGGACAGAGACCGCAGAAAAUGUCCCAACAUUUAACAGCGCUGUGUUUUAAGAAGGCAGCUUUAAUAUCAGCCACGACAGGAUCGGUUUGCUUCAAUCCAGCUCGUCCUGUCCGCCGUGUCCUGUUCUCCCAGCAGCCGGUUGUGUGUUGAGUGGGCGCUGUGUGUGUGUGCGCGUGUGCUCAUCUGUGUUGUCUGAGCAGAAAUCCACUGAAUGUAUCCUCCUGACAGUCCAAGAGACAGGGCGAGCCCGCGUGGCCGGCUGAGUUUAGAUGGGUGCUGCUGGUGCUUCCUCAUCCACGCUGCAGUGUGUGUCAUUAUCAGUUAAACCUUGGUGUGUGUGGCGUUUAUUUUAUUUUAUUUUAUUUUGCACACAUUUGCACAUUGCAGUGGAUGGAAGUGCAAAUGUCAGGUCUUCAGUCUAAAUAAAGCAGCGGAGACUAUAAUAUAUUGGCCACGUGCUGCUCUCUCUGCACUCUGUGGACUUUAAACAUUUCCUAUGCAGUUUUUUUUUUUUU